AUGGUAGCCGUCGACCCACAAAUCUCGUUAAUUGGUGAGACAACCCGUUUAAGUGAUUUCAUCGAAGGUGCUCCACCCCCACAGGGCGAGUUGGUGCCCGCUGUGGAUAAUCGUGUCCACAACCAGUCGAAUACAAAAGUCUCCAUCAACAGUAAUAAUGAGCUGUUGGAUUCCUACAUAUCACGGCUAUGGAGGAUUCGAGAAAAGGCAAAUCGAUCUCUAAUGCUGACUAGUGAUGAGAUGACAAGUAUUUGUCGAAGUGUUCGCACCCUUUUCCUUACACAGCCUGGCCUUCUUGACCUUGGAGGACCGAUCAAAGUUUGCGGUGACAUUCACGGUCAAUACGAUGACUUGCUCCGCCUAUUUGAGCUCUGUGGACUGCCUGAUAAAGUUAAUUAUCUAUUUCUAGGGGACUAUGUCGAUCGUGGGAGACAAAGUCUAGAGACGAUUUGUCUACUUUUCUGCUACAAACUUCGUUAUCCAACCCGCUUUUUUCUGCUUCGUGGAAACCAUGAGAGUCAAGCGAUUUCACGUAUCUAUGGUUUCUUUGAGGAGUGCAGAAGACGAUUUUCCGUAAAGCUAUGGAGAACGUUCAUUGACGCAUUCUCCUGUAUGCCUGUAAGCGCAAUAAUCGAGAAUCAAAUAUUCUGCUGUCAUGGAGGCCUCUCACCAGAAAUGCUUACUCCAGAGCUCACCAGUCUGGCUGACUUGAAACGCAAAAUCAGGGAAAUUAUUCGUCCUUGUGACGUGCCGGAUUGUGGACUGCUCUGUGAUCUUCUCUGGUCAGAUCCCUGGUACCUAGAGUCUGUGGGAGAUGGCCGCGAACCUCGUGGCUGGGAGCCAAGUGAACGAGGCGUCUCCUACAUGUUUGGUCCGGACAUUAUCGAUCGCUUCUUGGAGCGUUUCAAUCUGGAUCUCAUUUGUCGGGCCCACCAAGUAGUGGAGGAUGGGUAUGAGUUCUACGCCAAUCGCUCUCUUGUUACAAUCUUCUCAGCGCCCAAUUACUGCGGCGAGUUCGAUAACGCAGCAGCGGUCUUUUGUCUAAAUCGAGCAGUCCUGGCUCCGAACUACCCUUUUGACUCCACGUCUAGUCUGAGAAAUCAAGAGGACGCGGAACUGGAGGGAAGCUUCCACAUACUUCGCACCGAUGUUCCUGGAGGCUCGCGACCUAACGCCUCCUCGGGACUUACGACUCAUCCAAAUAGUGCCCAAGGACCCAAGUAG